AGGCGAUACGUCUGAUGUCAGAGUAGACCGACCAUGUGUAGUCUGCAAAACACCUGGGCACAAACCGAGAGACUGCGAUUCGUUUAAACGUAAAGGCCUUGCCGAUCGCUGGAAGGUCGCAAACGAGUUGCACCUGUGUAAAAGGUGUUUGUAUCCGCAUGGACGAUGGCCGUGUAAGGCUUCGGCGUGUGGCGUGGAUGGCUGUCAGCACCGGCAUCACCGUCUUCUUCAUCCAGGCGAACCACAAGCAGAAGGCACAAGAACCGUCACGGAUACAAUCAUGGGAACGGUAGCUGUUCACCAACAGUUGCGCGAUAAGAUACUAUUUCGCAUAGUUCCAGUGUUGCUGCGCGCAAAUGGAAAAUCGGUGCAAACCUUUGCCUUCCUCGACAGUGGUUCCGAUUCGACACUAGUGGAAAGUUCGAUCGUGAAACAGCUAGGACUAGUUGGUCGGCCUGCUCCACUCUGUAUGCAAUGGACAAACGGAGUGAAACGAACAGAAACGGCGUCGCAAGAAGUUCAACUCUACAUUUCCGGAAUAGAUUCAACGAAAAGCUUCGUACUGAAUGGAGUUCACACAGUUCAAAGUCUGGACUUACCUCGACAGUCAUUGAGAUUUGAAGAGGUUGAAAGGGAUUUUCCGCAUCUCCGAGGGCUUCCUGUGAAGAGUUAUGAAGACGCGUCACCGCGUAUCCUAAUAGGACUGGACAACGCUAAGGUUAAAAACACUUUGAAGCUGAGAGAAGGUAAACCCGACGAGCCAGUAGCUGCCAAAACAAGGAUCGGUUGGGUUGUAUUUGGACGAAAUCGAGGUUCUGACGAAGAUAAUCCUCAUCGUGUUCUCCACUGCUGUAGCCGAUCCAGUGAUCACGAUAACGAACUGCACGAACUAGUGAAAGAUUUCUUUCGUGUUGAAGGAACAGGAGUAUCAUCGCCUAACGCUCUUGACUCAGCCGACGACCGUCGCGCUCGGGAAAUCCUCGAGGCCACUACAGUUCGUACUCCGGGUGGGCGGUUCCAGACGGGACUCUUAUGGAAAUACGACCAGCUGCAAUUUCCCGACAGUAGGCCCAUGGCGGAGCGUCGUCUACACUGCCUGGAGAAACGGUUGCAGAAAUCACCGGAACUGUAUGACAACGUGAAGAAACAGAUCGUCGCAUAUCAGGAAAAGGGCUAUGCGUAUGUAGCCACAGAACAAGAGCUAGCCGAAGCGGAUCCACAGCGCGUGUGGUACUUACCAUUGGGAGUCGUCGUCCAUCCAAAGAAGCCGGAAAAAGUGAGAGUAGUUUGGGAUGCGGCUGCGACAGUCCGAGGCGUUUCUCUCAAUUCCGUGUUACUAAAAGGACCUGAUUUGCUAACAUCUCUCCCGGCGGUACUUAGUCGAUAUCGCCAGAGACAGGUGGCCAUCGGUGCGGAUAUAAGAGAGAUGUUCCACCAAGUAUUGAUUCGCCCGGAAGAUCGUCACGCGCAACGGUUCCUGUGGCGGGACAGUCCUUCGCUUCCAAUACAAGUCUUUGUUAUGGAUGUGGCUACAUUCGGAUCGUCGUGCUCUCCGUGUUCACUGCAAUUCGUGAAAAAUUUGAACGCGGAAGAACAAGCGGAUGAAUUUCCGAAGGCGGCCGAGGCGGUGAAGACAAGCCACUACGUCGAUGACUAUUUGGACAGCGUGGAUACAGUCGACGAAGCAGUGCAACUAGCGGAAGAUGUAAAAACCGUUCACGCCAGAGGAGGGUUUGAAAUUCGGCACUGGCUGUCAAAUUCAUCGGAAGUAAUCGAGCGAAUCGGAGAAUGCAGCAGUGAAUCAAGUAAAUGUUUCCUGAAGGAUAAGUGCAGCGGCACAGAACGCAUAUUGGGAAUGACUUGGCAACCAACGGAGGAUGUUUUGUCGUUUUCAAUUCAACUACGUGCUAAUCUGCAGUCUUUGAUAACCGAAGCUGUAGUUCCGACGAAACGGGAGGCCUUGAGUCUCGUAAUGAGCGUCUUCGAUCCUUUGGGAUUGGUAGCUGUGGUUCUGGUUCAUGGGAAAGUGCUGCUUCAGGAUGUGUGGAGAGCCGGCGUCGAUUGGGACGAGACCAUUCCGACGAAUCUGCUCGUCCGCUGGAAAGAAUGGAUUCAGACGUUGAAACAGCUUGAAGUCAUUAGAAUUCCUCGUUGCUAUUUCUCUGGCUACGGUCAGCAAUCGUAUGAUUCGCUGGAAUUACACAUAUUCGUCGACGCCAGUGAAUCAGCAUAUGCAGCUUGCGCGUAUUUCCGAGUGGUAGACUACGGCGUAGUUCGUUGUUGUCUUGUGACGGCGAAGACAAAAGUCUCUCCACUUAAACCGCUAUCCAUUCCACGGCUUGAGCUGCAAGCUGCAGUGAUGGGAGCACGCCUUAUGAAAAGUGUCAUUUCUAACCACACACUGAAGAUACACCGAAAAGUGCUCUGGAGCGAUUCCACUACGGUGCUUUCUUGGUUGAGAUCCGAUCCUCGGCGCCACACGCAGUUCGUGGGAUUCAGAAUCGGAGAGAUCUUGGAAACUACGGACGUCGAAGAUUGGAGAUGGGUCCCGACGAAAUGUAACGUCGCAGACGAAGCCACCAAAUGGGGAACCGGGCCCAACAUUGAAUCAAAUAGCCGGUGGUUCAAAGGGCCAAAGUUCCUUUACGAGCAAGAAGAUUACUGGCCUCGGCGUGAACUACCGUUAAUCGAGUCAACAGAGGAAUUGCGAAUUGUGAAUGUGCAGGCUCAUGUCAGCGUAGAUCAAGUAGUCAACUUCCAGCGGUUUUCGAAGUGGGAGCGGUUAAUACGUACUUUCGCAUUCGUUCGACGCUUCUACGAAAACUGUCAGCGGAGGACAAGGAAUGCGCCAACAUAUUCUACCUCACACUUUAGUUCCGAAGAACUGAAGAAUGCGGAGUUCGCUGUCUGGAGAUUGGUUCAGCUAGAAACAUAUCCGGACGAAUUUGGCUUGCUGCUGAGAAACUGCCAUAUCCAACCGGCACAACAGCAGAAAGUCAAGAAAAGUAGUCCACUCUACACCAACGCUCCAAUGAUCGGUGAAGGAGGACUCAUUCGCAUGGAACGUCGUAUGCGACACGCAGAAUGGAUUUCCAACGACGUGCAGUUUCCAGUGAUUCUCCCAAAAACCAACUAUGUGACAUUUCUUCUGGUCGAUUGGUAUCACCGCAAAUUCAGACAUGCAAAUGGAGAAACUGUCGCGAAUGAAGUUGUGCAGAAAUACUCUAUUCCGGCACUACGAGUAUUAGUGAGGUCCGUUCGUGCUCGCUGUAACUGGUGUCGUGUCUACAGGGCGAAACCGCAAACGCCACCAAUGGGACCCUUACCAGCUGUACGGCUAACCCCGUACGUACGUCCUUUCUCCUUUGUCGGGUUGGACUAUUUCGGGCCAAUUACAGUGAGGAUUGGCCGAAGCAAUGCAAAACGAUGGGUAGCACUCUUCACAUGCUUGACGGUUCGUGCGAUACAUUUGGAGUUAACUAUGAGUCUUUCCACUGAGGCUUGUAAACUGGCCAUCCGGCGCUUCAUUGCGCGUAGAGGAGCACCGACCGAAAUUUAUUCCGACCAAGGCACGAACUUCCAAGGAGCCAGUCGGGAACUUCAAGAAGAGAUCGCCGUCAUCAAUGACUCUCUUGCGGGAACUUUUACGAACGCAACGACGCAGUGGAAAUUCAAUCCUCCUUAUCCUCCUUGUUCGGCCCGUCAAAGCGGCUCUAAAUUCCACAGGGGUGAGCAGAAAUCCGGACGACGAAACAUUGAUGACGGUAUUAGCAGAGGUAGAGGGUAUGGUGAACACUCGCCCACUAACAUAUAUGGCGUUGGAGAAUCCGGAGCAGGAAGCCCUAACUCCGAACCAUUUCCUGCUCUUGAGUUCUUCCGGUGUACAUCAACCAGCAGUGUCAGCAGCGGACCCUCGCAUGGCGUUACGAUCAAACUGGAAUCUGGCACGCUCGAUGUUGGAUCGGUUUUGGGCCCGGUGGAUCCAAGAAUACUUACCGGUUAUCUCGAGGCAAACCAAAUGGUUCGGCAAUGUCAGAACCUUGGAAGUCGGUGAUCUGGUGAUCAUAGUACAAGAUAACAUCCGGAACAGUUGGACAAGAGGGAAGGUGGUCCGCGUUUAUCCUGGAAAGGAUGGCCGCGUUCGCAAAGCAGACAUACAAACUUCUGCGGGUAUAGUUCAACGGCCGACGACCCUGCUCGCUGUCCUACAUGUUCAAGAGCCUGAUCAGUGUAUAGCAGAAGAAACUUCGUGCAAUACGGGCGGGGGCGUGUUGGCAACACGGGAACAUCGCUUUUCAGCAGGGAUCGAUAUUGGCCGAGUGACAGAUCCCGUGACAGACAACUACAACGAAAUGAUUGGGGAUAAGGGAAAACGUCAAACACUUAGAACAAACUGAAGACAGAACAAGUGGACAAACACGUUAAAAUUUAUCUCUUUUCUCUUAAAUUCUAAUAUUGGUUGAAUUCGAUUAAAACUUAAACUGUAUACACUAAUCUAUUAUCAACCUACAUCUAAUUGUU